GCCGCGCUCGCUGCUCUGGGAGGACUGACGGCAGCGGCGGCUGUGAGGGAAGAUGGCGGAGGCGGCGGCGGCGGUGCAGCAGCACCGGUUCUUUUGCCACAGCUGCAAGGGCGAGGUCAGCCCCAAGCUGCCGGAGUACACCUGCCCUCGCUGCGAGUCUGGCUUCAUCGAGGAAGUCACUGAUGAUUCCAGUUUUUUUGACAGCAAUUCCCUGGAUGACAGCCCCUCCUCUCAGUUCUCAGAGCUCUGGGAGCACCUGGACCACACGAUGUUCUUCCCGGAUUUCCGGCCCUUCCUGAGCAGCAGCUCCCCGGAUGCCGAGGCCGGGCAGGUGGGGAGGGGUCCCCCGGCCGAGCUCUGGGGUCCCGGCCGCCCCCCCCGGCUGCCCCUGCCCCGCAGGUACCGGGCCCGGGGCAGCUCCCGCCCCGACCGCUCGCCGGCCAUCGAGGGGAUAAUCCAGCAGAUCUUCGCCGGCUUUUUUGCCAACUCGGCCGUUCCUGGCUCCCAGCACCCCUUCUCCUGGAGCGGGAUGCUGCACUCCAGCCCCGGCGAUUACGCGUGGGGACAGAGCGGCCUCGACGCCAUCGUCACCCAGCUCCUGGGACAGCUGGAGAACACGGGGCCACCACCAGCAGACAAGGAGAAGAUCUCCUCGCUGCCCACGGUGCCGGUGACGCAGGAACAAGUCGCCUCGGGGCUGGAGUGCCCGGUGUGCAAGGAGGAUUACGCCGUGGCCGAGCAGGUCCGGCAGCUGCCCUGCAAGCACCUGUUCCACAGCAGCUGCAUCGUGCCCUGGCUGGAGCUGCACGACACGUGUCCAGUCUGCAGGAAGAGCCUCAAGGGUGAAGAUUCCACCCGGCAGAUCCCAACUCCCGGCGCUCCCGACAGCCCAGUGCAGGAGAGAUGGACUUUCUGACCCUUCUGAAGCAGUUCUGCAGCGUUCCAGAAGGUUCCAGAGCCCCAGCUGGAGGUGUCCCUUGAGAAUUCCAGCCGGCCCACCCUGUGGGAUGGCAGCACCAGGCGCUCUCCUCCCAGGAAUUUCUCCUCCUGCUCCGUGGAUUUGCCUCCUGAGCCCUCACUUGGGGAGCUUGGGGAGUGAUUUGAUUUCAUUUUUGGAUCAGAAAAAGGUUUUUUUUUUCUUAUUUCCAGCAGGGGCCCAGUCCAAAGAGGGGCUCCAAGUCCCCCCUCGUUGCCUUCUCUGGAAAGAGGUCGGGAUGAAAAGGGGAUUUGGGGAUUUUCCAGCAGCUUGGGAUUGUGGCCACCAGAGGUUUGAUCACCCCAUUUUGGGAUGGGGUCUGUAAAAUCAUGGCAGGAGGAAGGAGGAAGGUUCUGGAGCCCUUCCUGGGGGGGUUGGACCCUCAGGAGCCCCCCUGGGCCUGGCAAGGCUCCGGGAACGCCGUGGGAUCAGGAGUGCUCCCAGCAGGAUUUUCUCUCACCCUGGACUAUUUUGGGGCUCGUUUGGGGGUUUUUUCUGCCCCUUUUCCACGUUGCCUGUGGCCCCAGGUGUGUCCAAACCUCCCUGUGCCCCCCACGAGUCAUUCCAGGCAGGAAUUAUGGACCACUCCCUCGGGAACCCCUCCCUCCCCCAUAACUUAAGGAAUCUCUUGAUUUUUCCUCAUUUUUUUGGGUUGUUUUGACUUUGGUUUUUGGUUGGUUUGGUUUUUUUUUUUUUCCCCCAUUUCCUGUGACUUUUCCAGGUCUGAAUCCUGGGAGUUUUCCUCAUCCUGGUGGUCUCCACUGGCUGCCCUGGAAGGGGGGGGGACAUUGUGACCCCCACCCCUGGUGUCAGGGGGGAGGGGAUGUCCCCAGACCCCCUGGGCUCGGUGCCUCCAGCCCCACCUGGAUUUCAUUCCUGGUUUUCUUUGCUCUUCCGUCCAAUAAAAACUUUCUCAACAAA